UAACACUAAAGACCCCCUCUCUCUCUCAGAUUUCUUUUUUUUUCUCUCUUUCGAAUUUUUAAGAGUCUCCUCUCUAUUAUCUCUCUCGCUCCUCAUGAUCUAAUUUUUUCAGAUUUUUGAGAGUCUCCUCUCUAUUAUCUCUCACUCCUCCUCAUGAUCUAUUUUUUUUUGGGCCACACAUGAUCUAUUUUUUUAAUAAUUUUUAUAAAUAUUGUGAUAGUUUUUUUUUUGCUAAAAGUAUUGUGAUAGUUACAGAUACACACGUUAUAUAUGUGUGUAUGUAUAACAUAUAUAUAUAUAUAUAUAUAUAUAUAUAUAUAUAUAUAUAUAUAUAUAUAUAUCUACACUGAUGUAGACAAUAACCAUUCGUAUCUGACCAUUUCUUCUUGUGAUAUUUUUUUUAUUCUUCUUUCUCUCAUUUUUUUCCCGUCUCCCAGAUCUGCUUCCUCAAUCUUUACCACUGGAAAGCAUCAAGCUAUUUUUCAGGUGUUGGCAUUUGAUAGGGACGGGCCAUAGAAUCAGAGAGUUAAAUCACCGGGGAAGACGCCAUGUUCGGUUUGUCCAAAGAAGAAGUGUUGUCACAGAAACAUGUUGUACCAUAUAAAGAGACUUUUAACCAGAAUCCAGUUACUCUGUUUGGGAAACAGGUGUAUCCGGUGAAUAGAGAGAGCUCCAAGUCUGUUGAUGGGUAUAUGAAGAUGAAAGAUAUCGAUCUCCGUCUUCCUGCAGAUCACUAUGCUUAUCUAGAGACUAGAUUUCACUCAGCGUUUGAAGCUAAUAAGGAGAAAGAAGCAUUGACCACACACUGGAGUGGCAAGAGAGACCCAAAAAUUAUUAUUGAUCUUGAAGAACUUCCCAUAACAGAGGAUGCAGAUUCAGUUAGCUAUGUUACUGUGAGAAUUCCGGAAACAAGACCUUCAUUCUUAGCUGAUGGGAUCAGCUCAAACAUUCUGAAGGUGGUGGAUCAAUCUCUUGAAGAGGAUGGUAGUGAUAAAACAGCUAGUAUGGAGUCAGGUUCACUAGAUCUUAAUACAACUCCGGAUGAUGAGUUGGUGUCCGAGCCUCAUUUCUGUUUCUUACAAGAUCUCAACUGUCCUUACAUCGAAGAGACUGAAACGAGCUGCGAGAAGAGUGGAGUAGAUGAUGGUCCUACGUCACUUAGCUCUCCUAAAUGCCGAAAUGUCCAUGACAAAGACGGUACAGAGUCUCCAGCUUCGUAUACUUCUUGCUGCACCACUGAAAACAACUUGUCAAGAAGAGGUUCACUGGAUCCUUCUUGCCGUACCAGGCUUGAGUUUCCUCUCUUACCAGAGAACGAACGUUGUAAUGAGGAGGAGGAAGAGUUCUCUGAAGUUAUGCAAAUGGCAGCUGAAUCAUUAGUCCACAUAUCAGCAGCUUCAUAUCAAAAUCAAGAUUUUCAAGAUAAUCCCGAGAAGGGUAACGUGGAACCGAGAUGUUGCUCCUGCGAUUCAUAUGAGCUACACACGUUAGGAAUAAGCGAAACCAACACGGAAGAAGAGUUCUGUGUGUCAUCAAUGGCUAUGGAUAAGCUUAAUAACAUAGAAAGAGAGGACAAGGAGUUUGGACUCAAGCUGAGAAGAGGGAGGAGAAUGAAGAACUUUCAAAAGGAGAUACUCCCUAGCUUAGCGUCCCUCUCUAGGCACGAGAUACGCGAAGACAUAAACAUCUUGGAAGCGGUCUUGAGAUCAAGAGAGUACAAGAAGAUGCAGGGGAAAACGAAAGAUGUCAGUCUUGGAGCAAACACAAGAAACAAACGUUCGGUGUCGCAGAGGUAUGUUGGUAAAAGAAGGCGAAAACAUGAAUGAGUUCUAUAUAUUCUUCAUGGGUUUCAGAAACUAUCCUACAAUUGCUUCAAUUGUGUAAUCUUUUAAGUCUCUUCUUUUUUGUUUAACUUAUGACAUUGAUUUUUAUAUGAGGAAAAAUGUAGUGAGUAGAUGACAUUGUUUCUCACUCUUUCUCAAAAUUUUACUGAGUAGCUAUGGUUUGUUUUUUUUCUUUUGUAUCAUGGUUUAGCCACGGUUUGUAAAUUAACGUUUUGAUAAGAAUAAACUUGAAUGUGUUCUUCGAA